GAAGAAAAAUCGCACAACCGGUAGUUUCACUUUUCUUCCAUUGCUCGUAAAGAGUGACGAUCUUUGAAAGAAAGCAAGAAACGGUCGUGGAAGCGUUUUAAGAUGGCAGAACCAGGCAGGACUGUGAAGGUGUGUGGACUGCCCACAGACAUCGAGGAUAACACACUGAAAGACAAGCUAUUGAUUUACUUCCUUAGAAAAAGAAAUGGAGGAGGGGAAGUAGACUCUGUCACCUUCCUCAAGGCAACGCCUCUGGCUGCUCUCAUCACCUUCGAGGACAGCGGAGUGGCACAGAGAGUUAUUCACCACAGGCUACACGUUCUGGAUGUGGAUGGGAAGAAGUAUAAGCUCACGGUAACUGAGCAUUGUGAAGAUUUCGCUCCAGAUCAGGUCGUCUUAAGCUUAUCAGCAACAAUUGACUACAGCAAGCUUCCAGGGGGAAUCAUGGCAUUGACAAGCCUUCUUCAGAGCCACCACGAUGUCCAGAUCAACUAUACUGCUACUGAGAAAUGCUCUACAAUAUUUGGCUCUUACUCCACAGUGCAGGCAGCUUUGGCACAACUACUGGGUCAUCCUGGAGGCUCAAACUCAGCAGAAAACUCAAAAGACUUGAGUCAGCCUACUUCCAGUGGUUUCCGGUCUGUUCAAAAAGCACAGAAGCAUUAUACACAGGAGUCAGAAGAUCAGAGCAGAAAAGCCAACAAGCAAAGAGACAACAAAGAAAAAAAUCACAUUGACAGGCCAACUGACAACUACAGUUUAAGUUCAGAAAGAGACCUGACACCUGGUGGUUAUACCUGGGAGGACACUGGUCAGGCAGAUGGAGCUGCUUUGCAGCAUUCUACAACCUCUGCGGAUGAUUUCUCACUAAUUAUGGAUGGAGACAUGUUUCAGUACCUACAGAAACACUGCCGGAAGGAAUACCAGCAUAUCCUGAAGCAGUAUGGGGUUGAAGUGGUGGAUGUAACAAGUCAGGGUUUGACCACUCUGUUUCUGCAUGUUACAGCAGCAGUUGGGGAGGAUGGUCUAGAGGAGGAGCGCUUGAAGAUAGCCAGAAAGGCUAUAAGUCAGCUUCAUGAGGACAUUGAGGCCAAAAUCCGUCGAUCCCAGCUGCCCAAAGCUAUCCUGCACCCCAGUGGAGGCCUGCAAAGGGCAAUUGAGAACUUAAGUGUCAGACUUCCCAAACUUAUUCUGAAUGAAGAUGAAAAAAAUAUUUAUAUUAUUGGAAGCAGUAGUGAUGUGUCAGAGGCCAAGCAGUUUCUUAUCCUGGACAAUGUUAACCAGCGAGAUAAAAAGGAAGAUGUAGCUAGUCUCCUGAGAUUUCCCUCAUAUGGUUCAAGUUUAUACCCUCAGACUGAUGAGGAGAGAUUCACUCUCCCCACACCCUCCACUGUAGCAUCGGGGGAUGAUAAGCUAGAUGAGAUGCUGAAGUCAGAGGAAGAUGAACGAAGAGCUGAAGGAGCCAGAAGGUAUAAAUUAGCUGCCCGGUUUAAGGAUUCUGGGCUAGCUGCGUUAAGCAGUCGACCAGCUGACUUCACUUUACGAACAAACUCAUCUCCCAGCAGACAAACACGCCAAGGGCCAAUGUUAGGGUAUGAUGUACUCUCAGAAACAGCAGGGACUUCUGGUGAGGCAGUUUCCAGAGCAGUACCCCAAAACACAGGAGGAGACAUUUUGUUCAAGACUGGAUCUAGUUUGGCAUCUUCCGCGCUUCAAAAUAGAACCUCUUUGAAUCCAGAUUUAACAGAUGCUCGACCUAAGAAUUCAUCAUCCCCUUUUAGUGGUACACAGUCCAGUUUGUCAGGAAGUCCUGCACCUCAGUCUGCUGGAUCCAGAUCCACCUUGAAGCGAGCCAGUAGUUUCUCAGGAACGCCUCAGCAGAAGGCUCAAGUUAUGAGUCAGAAGAGUCAAGAAGAUAGCAGCAAGUCCACAGUCAGAGCCAGGGGCAGGUCUUCUAGCUUCAGUACCCAAACAGGAAGGGACAAGCAGGAAGUCUAUACUGCAGAUCUUACAGUAUCCAGGAUAAUGUGGAAACAUAUAAAAGAAUCAUACAGCUACCGAGUGGAAGAUCUAGCUUCUGAUGUCCAGUUAAAAGAGAGCAGCUUAGGUAGUCAUGAGCUGACUGUUACCAUAAGAGGAGCAAACUCAUCCAAAGUGACUUCAUGUCAUCUAGGUUUGCAGAAGCUGGUUGACUCAGUUAGUUCAGACUUCUCUGUGCAGGAGGUGUCCUUGUCUGAACUGGGUAUCACUGACAAAGCAGAUGAAACCUUACAAGCUUGUUGUUCUGAAGUGCGGAGCCGCUUUAAGAAGGUUACUAUCGAGAUAUUAGCCAAGAGCUUAUAUCUUCUUGGUCCACGGCAGUUGUGUUCCCAGGUAGGUGCUACCCUGCGGGAAGUAUUUUCUGGAGACUCGGCUCAAAUACCUGACAAAUACCAAUAUUCCCCAACUUCUUUUCAAAUGAAUGAAGAUAAAAGCACUAGCUUGCACUUUAACAGUAACUCUCAGGUGAUUAGAGAGAGCCAACCAGGCAAUGCUGAUGGUACAAGUAGGAGUCGGGAAUGGAGGACAACCUACAGAAGUGACUUUGGUGGGAGGGAGAUUGUGAGUGGAUCUAUUGGUCUGGCAAGGCAAGAUCAUGUCAUUAAGGAGAAAGUCAAGCCUAUAGAUCCAAUGGAGAUGGAUGGACAGAAGGCUAAGUCAUUUGUCAGUCAGUCUACACCAGGAAAUGAUAGUGUGAGGGGUCUGAAUGGUGUCGGAUCAACAUUAACCCGCACUGAGAAAGGGACCACCUUACCUGCUACGCAGAUAGGCAGUGUAGGUCAAGAAGAAGCAGAGAUCCAGAACACCCCAGGGGAAGCCAAACCAGGCCAGGAGAGGCUGGGGAACAUCUGUGUUUGUGGAGAAACUGGGAUAUCUGUGCAGAGAACAAAAUGUGGAACUACUUUUUGCUCAAAGUGCUUGGACACGGUACAUGUCCGCUGCAGAGUUUGUCAUGAGACGGAGCAGAAACCUCGGGGCAUCCUGGGCAAAAUUGUAAAAUCUAAACUAAACAUCACUUUGCCAGGUUACAACAAGUUCUGUACUAUCAAGAUCACUUACAGCAUUCCUGAUGGUAUCCAAGCGGAUGGGCAUCCAUCUCCUGGAAAACCAUUUAAGGGAGGGCUAUUUGAAGCCUACUUUCCAGACUGUCAGCCGACAAAGAAGCUGCUGCCCAGGCUGGAGAAAGCCUUCAGGCAGGGACUCACCUUCACAGUGACAGGCAAAGGGACAGAUGCAAGGGUGACCUGGGACGGCAUCCCACACAAGACCAGCUUACAGGGAGGCAAAUCAGGGAAUGGGUACCCAGAUUCCACUUACUUGACGCGCUUGUCUGAGGUCUUGACCUCCCUUGGAAUUGAGGAAUCAACAGAAAAGCCCCAUGAUUAAAACAUGUAAAAAAUGUAUUUCUUCCUUGUUUUAUAUAUAAAAAUAGCAGUAUAUUGGCGAUCUUUGUGUUUACAGCACUGUUUUGCGGUUUUGAUUAGUUGACAAUCACACUUUGUUAUAGUGAGAUGUUGAUAUCUGACCAUCCUUUAAUUGUAGUCUCUUUUAAAUAAUGGAGUCAUUGAAGACUGAAUUUUAAUUUUGUAACGUCCUUUACCAAUUUUCUUUUAACAAGUUGUUCAAGAGUGAAGGGCCUAUAGUAUUUCACAUGACAAUUUUUUUAAAAUACCGUUUCAGGUUAUUUUGCAGAACAAAUGAAUAUUAAAGUCUUCAAUAUGCACAGUACUGUAUAGACCAAAUAAUUUGCACCGCACUGUGUGAUUGUAGUCAUCAUUUAGUUUAGGAACAACAGACAGUAAUUUGUAAAAUAUUCUGAAUUUAAUAAAUUAAUUGUUCAUAAUCUGUCUUUGCUUCUGGGCACAGAAAUAAAAAAGCACAUUUCCUGUCUUUUUUUA